GCCGAUUAUCUACACCAAAGACAACGAGAAGCUGGUUGGAAGAGCGUGAGCAUCCGGCCAUCUCUGGGUGAUUACAAUCAUAAGCCGUAUAAUGAUGUUGUGGAUUGUCUUCUUGGCUCAGAAAACACUCUAAAGUUGGUCAAACUUAGCCUACUAUCUGACGUCAAUCCAAAGCACAAAUCAUUUCGGCCACUGGAUGACUUGUCUGCUAGAAAUUCCAAGACGAAUGAUAGUGAUAUGGACAGUUAUCUUCCAGCACCCUCGGUUACGUCACUCAACACUACAAACGAGAGCACAUCUGACAGACAUGAACUGCAGCAUAAACGUCGAAGGAAGACUAAGAAACACAAUGGUAAAGACGGAGAUUCUCUCGAGCAAACAGAACCUCGUUCAAACAAGUGGCUACGAUGCCGAAGAAAUUCAGUGGAUCUCAGUUCUUCCGAAUCCAGUUCUGCCGGAGAUUCUAGCGGUUGCGAAGAAAUUGGUGGUAUUUUGAAGAACUACUCUCCACUUCGUAUUCCAAAGAGAAUGAGUCCGAAGCUGAAGAUGCCUUCACUUGCGGACAAGGUUUCUAAAUGCGGAGACAUUUCAAACAAAGAAAAGCAAAACCUCCCCUCAAAGGUUAUAAAAACCAGUCUUGAUUUAGCUCUUCAGGGCACGAAGUCAAAUGCAUUCGUCAACGCAAUGCGUCCGAAGAAAUCAAAGAAAGCUGAUGCCGAAAGCUUCCUCUUCAAAGCACCGAACUGGAUAGGUUUAGAAUGCCUCUUCUGCCUGGACCGAUCACCAGUUCGAAGCAUACCUUUUCUGUUCGCUACAUCCAACGGUUUCAUUGGCCACAUCCUUGAGGAGAUCGCAGUUGUCAGAAUGGGCAAAACCGCAAUGGAGAUCGAGGCUACGGCCCCGAGUACGGCUUCACUAAACUGCAAAUAG